CUAACCUUCCUUUUUACAUUAAUUUCAUUGCGGUGUACACGUGUUUUCCAAAAUGGCACCCGUCGAAAAUGCUAAAAAAUCCGCGAAAACGGGCAAAAAGAAUCAUAAGCACCCCGUAAAUAGAUAUCUGAGCGGGGGAAUAUUACGUUACUCCAAGAGCCAGAUGUACAAACGUCGCGCUCUCUAUCGUUUGAAGAAAGUAAAGCAACCAGUUGUUCCCAAAACUAAGCAACCCAUCUCAAAGGUGAAGAAGAUCAAUGGACCGAAAAAUGGUGGUGAACGUACCGUUUUCUUGAAGAAACCAAAGGCUAACUAUCCAACCAAACGUUUCGUGAAGAAGCGUCCGGCUAAAGCUUUCUUCAGUAAUCACAAGCGCAACAUUCGCCGCAAUCUCACUCCUGGUCGUGUGUUGAUUUUGUUGGCUGGUCGCCACCAGGGCAAACGUGUUGUACUAUUGAAGGUGUUGAGCUCUGGACUUUUGUUGGUUACUGGUCCAUUUGCAUUGAACUCGUGCCCUCUGCGUCGCAUCUCGCAACGGUUCGUUAUCGGUACCUCCUCCAAGGUUGAUUUGGCUGAUUUGAAAGUGCCAGAACACUUAAAUGACGCUUACUUCCGCCGCUUGAAAAUCAAGAAGGAUAAAAAAUCUGGUGAGGGAGAUAUCUUUGCCGUUAAGAAGGAGCGUUUCGUUCCAAACGAACAGCGCAAGAAGGAUCAAAAGGAAGUUGAUGCUGCUGUGUUGAAGGCUAUCAAGGCACAUCCUGAAGGCAAAUUCUUCAAGAAAUAUCUGCAAAACAUGUUUGCUUUGCAUUCAUCACAAUACCCACACCGUUUGCGGUUCUAAAAAUAUCGCUUUAGGGUAGAGUGUGAAUGUUUGCAUACAUUCAGGUUUUCUAUAGGAUUUCCGCUUUUUUAAUUUUUAUGUCAAUACAAACUUAAAGAUAAAAAUACACAAUUAUAAAAAUUGGA